CAUUCAAAAUGGCAGAAAACCAAAGCGAAGUCAAACCUCGGCGCAAACGACAACGCCAAAGACUGCCUGAGGCUGAAUUAAAGAGAAGAAAAGCAGAGAGAAAUAAAAAUUUCAUUGAUUCGAGAAUAUAUCUUGGAAGCGAAAUAGCGAGAUGGAAGGCACUGAAGAAGGAAAAUGGCUUAAGAUCCGAUCGACAAGUAGCAACUUUCCUGAUAGACAGUUAUAGACACAGACAAGCAGUCACUGUAGCUAGAGCUUCAGAUAUUACCUUCAGUUCGAUACACAUGGAGCCAUUGGAGAUAAGGACACUUUCUUCCUCUGUAUUGUUAGGCAAGGAUUCCAGAAAUGACAGGCAUGAUGAUGUUUCGUUUGAGGAGUCAGAGUUUGAUGUAGAACUAGCAGAUGAGGAAGAAGUAAAGGUAGAAGAUCUGUCAGAUACAGAUGAAGACACAGGGGUAUCAGUCCUCAGGGCAGAGGCAGAGGAAAUCAUGUCACAUGAAGAAGUAAAAGAGAGCCAAUCAGUUGGUAAGGCAGUGGAGGCAGAAGGAAAGUUGCAGAUGAGUAAAGUAAGAGAAAGCAUUUCAGUUAUCAAGGUGGAGGAGGAGAACAAGUCAGAUAUGAAUGAAGAUACAGAUGGUAUAUCAGUCAUCAAGACAGAGGAUGAAUGUGAUUCUUUAUGCAGUGACACUAAAUGCAUUGUAUUUCUGGCACAACUUAAGCAGCUAGCAAGAAUGAAUAUUUCAGCUUGUAAGACAUGUAAAAGCAGUGAGGUGGAGCUGGUUGAUGACUAUGUUGGCUCUGCUCUGUAUCUAAAAUGGGCAAGUAAAUCCUUUCAAACUUUCUUUCAAAAUCCAAUAUUUCCAUAUUUUUUUAUGUAGUUAAGGCCGUCAACUCCAAAUGACUUGCCCUUCGGUGAUUUUGGUGCUAAACCUCACUCAGAAUGUAAAAUUCUUUAUGUGGGAAAGUUAUCUAGCUCGCUUACAGAAGACUGUUGGUUCUACUCUGAUGAAACAAUGCUAGGGUUGGAGUUUGGAGGGAAGGUGCAGUGCACAUGAUCAAAAGCUGGAAUAGUCACCAUAACUUGGGGUGUAGAACUGUUCUUAUUUGGAAGACAUCUACAGAAGACUGGUAGUUCUACCCUGAUGAAACAAUACAAGGAUGGGGAGAGAAGGAUGGUGGGGAUGGCACAAUGAGAUUUUAAUUACCAUAUCAAAAGCAGUAAAAGUCACCAUUUGAUCCAAAUUGUGUGGGUAUGGUUCUUAAACUCAACUAAAAGACCUGUAUUUUAAAUAUUUGAAAAUAAUUGACUUGACCAGCCUUAAAGUUGUUGUUUUACUGGCCACAGACCAGCAAGUAAUUAGAUGAAAAGAAUUACUUAUAAUACAUUGCAAGUUGUAUUUUCCCUUUUCUUUCAAAAGUGCAAGACUUACCAGCUUUUUGUACUGCCAAUACAUCUGAACUGUUGGUUCACUUUGUGUUGUUUGUCAUUAGCCAGCAUAUUAUUUAGCUAAUAUUUUACUAGGGCUAUGUGGUAUUACCAGUAUAGCAAUAUGUUAAGAUUCAGCUUUGAAAAGAUCUUACAUGAAUCAUUGUACAAAAUUUCCAGUCCGGAAUGUCGUAGAACAAUAAUGAAAUGUUUAGAGUCAUUAUCUUAGCAGGGGUUCAUUUCCAUUUUUCAACAGACUAUUGCACUAUUAAUAACACAGAAGGUAGCUGAAUUAUGAAAUUCUAGUACCA